AACACUUAACCAUAGUUAAUUAUUUAAUAUCGAUUACUUUUAUGUUUAUCACAUGUGAUUGCUUCUUGAAAAAAAAUAAAAUCAUUUGAGCAGAUUUGAGAAUGACUGUGUUUCAUGACGAGGUAGAAAUUGAAGAUUUCGAGUAUGAUGAAGACGAGGAAAUGUAUUACUAUCCGUGUCCAUGCGGGGACAGAUUUCAAAUCAGUAAGGAGGAACUGAUGGCUGGAGAAGAAGUAGCAACAUGCCCUAGCUGUUCCCUUGUUGUCAAAGUUAUUUAUGAUUUGGAAAAAUUCAAAGCAGAAUCAGAGGAAAUGCAGAAAGACUCUGGUGAUAAAGAGGCUGUGAAAGCUUGAGAAAAUAACUGAAGGCCGCAAGGUCGGGAUUGAAUAAUUCAUGCUCAGGAUCUACAGCAAGUGACAUGGAACAGGGAGCUGUGAACCAAACCAAUAAAUGAUGCAUACUGAAACUAUGUUUAAUUGACUACUCAUUAAUAUUUCAUGACUAACUGUAAAAUUAAUCACAAUAACAUACCAUUUGAAUACAUAGUUCAGAGAUAGCUAAAUCAGAAAUCAGAAGUUCUUUAUGAUCAGUUUCUUUAGCUGCAAUUUUAUUAAAUUGCCUAGAGAAUUGGUUUUAAGUAUAUUAAUUCAUUGUGUCUUUUAAUUCUCACAAAAAUGGAGAUGGAAAUUGGAAUAUUAAACAAGUUAUGGAGCCUUUACAAUUUGUUACAGUAUGCGUCACGUAAAAAGAACGCUGGAUGAAAGUGAUGGGGUGUGUUUGCGCGUGGAUCGAGUUUUGCACGUAAGCUAUGUGCCCAUUAUUUUAUUUUUGAACUAGGCUAGCGAAUUGUGGCUUCGCAACUACCUAUUUGUUAUUCUUAUACCACCUCAUAACACCAAAUAGACCGAUAAAUCGCCAAUGCGCAGCUUAACCGUCAGCGUUAUUUUUACUUGACGCAACCUUAUCAGGAGUAUAAAUGAAAUACAAUACUUUCAAAA